AUGGCUGUCAAUGAUCAAGCAACGGUCGCAGCUCCCGCCAGUUGCGAUAAUGACUUUCGGAGGCUGUCUUUCGACUAUGAGAUGCAACGGCAGAGAAGCCGUCUCGAAAGAUAUAAGUGGGCUGGACCACCAUUCAGCGCCAUCUACGCUGGAAGUGCUGCCAAGUUCCGCCUGUUCGAUGCGGUGACAUUCGCCUUCGCAGUCCGCGACACUUCGUAUCCACUGGACUACGGACAAUAUAGCUUUCCCAACAACCUGCAUGGACUCGCCGAUUUCAUCUUAGCCAAGGCGGCAGAGUAUCAAGAAGACCAUGUGGAGAAGUUCGUUGGUUUAGCCAUGUCGACUGAACUAGCGGAACGCUGUCCGGAUCUGUGUGCUCGCCUCUGGUUGGAGCUUGAUAUUAUCCCCAUGGUGAUUCGAAAGGCGGAAGAGAAUGCGAGCUGGGGUUCGUACGAUGAAGAGUCUCCAUUCAAGACGCUGGACGAACGCGCCGAGUCGAUCGCGAGGAAGUGCUUAAGAUUCUUCGGGCCCAAUCAAGCCCUAAUCCCUCAGAUCGGUAGCAGAGGGCUUGUUGAGGUUGAUGCUGCAUUCCAUGUAAAGAUGGCCCAGCUUUCAGACUACAAAAAGACAGUGGGAGAUUCAACCUGGUCGAUCGUUAACAAAUUCGCUGGUGACAUCAAGGAGCGAAAGGUGAAGAUAGCCUUUUUCAGUGCAACACCGCAGGGAGGUGGAGUCGCCUUGAUGCGCCAUGCUCUAGUCAGAUUCGCCAACGCAAUAGGCGUAGAUCUCAAGUGGUAUGUUCCAAAGCCCCGUCCCGGGGUCUUCCGCAUCACGAAGAACAACCAUAACAUCUUGCAAGGUGUCGCGCCACCUGGCACACGGUUCACUGCACAGGACAAGGAGAUUCUUCGUGACUGGGUCUUUGAGAAUGCCGAGCGGUUUUGGUUGAAGCAGUCUGAGCCGCCAGGUGUAUCCUGGCUAGAAAAGCAUGCCCUAUCAUUUCCGGCUCUAGCAGGCGGUGCCGACAUCAUUGUCAUCGAUGACCCGCAGCUGCCGUUCCUGAUUCCGAUGAUCAAGCAGCGCACGCCGCAUCGACCAGUCAUUUUCCGGAGCCAUAUACAGAUCCGCAGUGAUCUGACUGAUACACCAGGUACCCCACAGGCCGAGGCUUGGGAACUCUUGUGGGAGGCCAUUGAGCAAGCGGAUCUCUUCAUCAGUCAUCCUGUGCGUGACUUUGUGCCAAAUAAUGUGCGCCCCGAGAAGGUGGGAUAUAUGCCUGCCACGACCGACUGGCUGGAUGGACUGAACAAGCCCCUAAGCGACUGGGACGCAUGCUAUUACGGUCGCAUCUUCAAUGCAAAAUGUCGGGAGCAGUACAUGCCAAACAUUGACUUUCCACAUGAGGACUACAUCGUACAGAUCGCCCGGUUCGACCCGUCCAAAGGGAUCUUCGAUGUUCUCGCCUCCUACCGUACCUUCCACCAGCGGCUCAAAGAAGCCCAUCCGGACCUUAACCCGCCCAAGCUGCUCAUCUGCGGCCACGGAUCCGUGGAUGACCCCGAUGGAACCAUCAUGUAUGAUUCCGCCCUGAGAUUUGUAGACCAACACCUCGCACAUAUCAAAUCACUCAUCUGUAUCAUGCGGAUUGGUCCAUGCGAUCAGGUCCUCAACGCUCUUCUAUCCAAAGCCAAAGUUGCACUGCAGCUCUCCACGUACGAAGGGUUCGAGGUUAAAGUUUCCGAGGCCCUGCACAAGGGGAAGCCCGUGAUCGCAACGCAGACUGGGGGGAUUCCCUUGCAAGUCCAGCACGGAAAGAACGGGUUCCUUGUCAACGUAAGCGACACGGAUGCUGUCGCAGAGCAUCUCUUCGAACUGUGGACCGACCAGGAACUGUAUGACCGCAUGAGCAGAUACGCAGCAAACAGUGUCAGUGACGAGGUGAGCACGGUAGGAAACAUGUUGUCUUGGCUGUACCUGGCAUCAACGUUGUCGAAGGGAAUGAAGAUCCAGCCAUGUGAACGCUGGAUUCACGAUAUGGCGCGUGAGGAAGCCAAUGUGCCGUAUCGGAGUGGAGAGAACCGCCUCAAACGAGCGGUGACACCAAGUACAGGGUGAGUGGGGUGGGGGAGCCCUACAUGGCGGGA